AGUAAAUAAUACACAUGGUGGAGUAAAGCGAUAAGAAAAGUACGGUGCGCCGGUAGGUCAAAAAAUGCCGCUGGAUUACCGAUGAUGACCGGCGACGCACACCCGCAGACGAUAGGAUAAUAUCUGGCAACGGAUGGUAAAGUUUUGAUUCUGAAAAAUGCCUUUUCGUAAGUGGGCUGUGGAGCCGGUGUUCCUAUGCAGGAAACCGCUGCCACCGGACAAGGCGAAAUUUGCAGAAUUUCCCACCGUAACUAAUGCAUCUUUGGUGAAUUGUUUGAGGCAGUUGGCAUCGGUGGCUAAAAUAGCGGAUCGAAUUUUCGACGAAAUUGGAUCCGAGUGCCGUUUGGUGGCCGACCGAACAGAUCGUCUGCGAGAAAAAAUAAAUUCGUGUCAGGAUGUUGUGUCUAAACUCAACGCAAGAGCUGUCAAAGUUCCCGUGUCAGAUCUAACUGAAGCAUCGCGCAUAUUACGAUCCUGCAAACCGUAUGUGACGAGGUACGAGCAGACUACGCAGUUGUUCUUGCCAUCAACACGACCGCCAUGCGUAGACAAGCUGUACGGAAGUGCGUGUACCACACCCGUUGCCGUCAUCUGUACCAUCGACCGGUACCGGAACGAUGGACUCAGUUCCUCCGACCUCUUCAUGGUUACUCCCGUGCUUGGAGGAGCGAGGAAAAAACGAAGAAGAAUCCUAGACAUAGAGACGAGAAAGCCUGCCAACUUCACUCUUACCAAAACUAGGCAAGAUGCGGACGAGUCUGGCAAUGCUUUUCUCCAGAGUAUGGUGUCGCCAUCUAUCGGCUACACAUUGAAGCAAAACGAGAACUUGGAACUGGAGCGGCUACCUUCUCCCGAGGAACAAGCAAUGUUGGUGGCCCUGGAGUACCCGUCCGUCGUUGUACCUGUAGAUACCAGUGGUACAAGUUUCACGAGAAUGUCCCUUCUGAGACGAUCUUUAAUUCAUGCUGAUUUCGUCAUCAAACGAAAGAAAAGCAAGAAGAGAUCGAAACGCCGCCAUACUUUCUGUGAAGGUGACAACAGGGAGAUAGAGAAGGCUAUUCGUAAUGUAACUAACUCUUCUUGCCAGACAGAUGACUUGUUGGACAUCACAUCUAUGUCUUCUACAAACUCCAUGCACAGGUCUCUGUCAAAAAGACGUUCUCGAUCCGUUCUGGACAACUCCAGGCGAAGGACCUCCAUUCUGGAUGAGCUUGAUCUUGUUUCACUGAAGCAAGAUUCCAAGGAUUCAGCCACGGAAGAUGAUAAGGACAAGUCGCCUAGCAAGGGAAGCAUAGGAAGCAUGAAGAAGUCGAAAACGAGCUCUUCCCUGAGAUCUAGAGCUUUCAAUCCCAUAUCCAGUCUUUCUGCCGCUAUCUCCAUAGCAGCAGUCAAGAUGCGUAACUCGACACGAAGUGGAGGUGCCAAUAAGCAAGACGAUGGCAGAUCGUCCAGUGGUAACUGGAGCGCAAGUAGUAGCACGCGAGCUUCUGUGGAUUCGGACCAUCACCAUGCUGCCUCGCCUGUGGAUGGUGUGAGUAGUCCCUCGAGGAACUCCAUCGGGAAGGAUUCUGUGCUAUCAGAUGCUACGCAACUGGACCCACACAACAGAUCCAGAGAUGAUGAAAUUCUGAUACACUCACUGACCAGUUCUCCGAUAAAACGGAAGAAAUAUGCCACUGUUAAUCUUCCAUGGGAACCAAGCAAUGGAAGCACAUCCAACACACCAACGCCCGACUUGACAUCGCACUGUUCCUCGAGCACUCCUAUUGUUCGAUCUCCGUAUGCUGGUCGUCGAGGUGUUAGCGAUGAUGGAGAUUCCUCUGUGUAUUCAGUUGACACAGAUGGUUAUUAUACAUCCAUGCACACUGACAGUGGACUGUGGUGCAGUGCAAUGCCAAAUUUGAAAUCUGAAGACGUUAUUGCUGAGACGGUGGGUUAUAGACAACGACAAGAAUCUCAGAGUUCUGUGAGUACUAUUGGAAACAGCAGCAUUAACAGUUUUCUGUCAAAAUCAGCUACUGAAUGUUCAUCAAAUAGUGGCAGUCUUAAGCGGCAAGUCUGCCCACAGCCGCCACCACGUGUCUCGAGUUGUAAACCGCUGGAGACUGAUAAGAUAGAAGUUUUAGUAAAAGAACAAGAUUUGGAAGAUAGUGAUAAGUCUUAUUCACCACAUCCUCAGAAUGGCUCAACAUCUGAGUCGGAGCAUGAGGUAAGGGAUAGAAUAAGGGAAAAGACUGCCAUAACACCCCACCGGUACCCAUCCAUGUGCGCUGUCUCACCAGAGACAAGUGACGACGAGAUUGCAGAUUUGAAAAACAGAACUUUAACUUCUAAUAUCAAUAUAACUGUUGCAGAAGUUCAUAAUGAAGAAAAGAUUACUGAUGAUGUUUGUGCAAAUAACGAGGUAAGGACAGUAACAGAAAAUAAGACUGACAAAGAAAAUAAGACUCAUAAUCAAAAUGUUCCUAGUAGUACCUCUCAUUCAAGUCAUUUAAAUUCUUUUAAUCUUUCACCUUCUAUUAAUAUGUACAGAAGUGAAACUCCUGUACCUUCACAUUUCCUGAACACGGUUUCUCAAUCUCAUCCUGUUUGUACAUCCACACCUAGGUCAGAUAUACAUAUUUCAACAUUUUCGCCUGAUGUUAGUGACACAGGUCUUGCAAAUACAAAAUCAGAAAACAGCAAUAAAAACCUGCACAGUGAUUUUCGCUCUGACUUCAGUAGUGAUAUCAUUGUCACAGAAAAUCCAUCGUUAGUUCCAAAUGCUGAUGAUAAAUGCCUUAUUCCUUUGAAAUAUGCCCAGCGGAUUACAGUUACUCCCAUAGCAAGAAGUGAUUCAUCAAAUAGCUGUACUGGGACAAUUAAGCGGACACCUCUAAAACAAUCUGUCGCUUCCACUUUGGGUAUAUCAGGUACUCCAAAAACAGAAAAGUCUACAUCAGUGUCUAGUAAAAAUGAUACAUCUCCAACAUACAUUUCCUUUCAGUCACCUGAUUCACCAGUAUCAUCAGUCACUAAUUUCAUUAGAGUAACAAACACGGAAGGCAAUGCAUCAAGUCCAACAAAUUCUCUAUCCCGAGUAACAUCAAAUCCUGCAAGUUCAUUGCCAAGACCUGGAGCUAGAGUUGCAUCAAGCCCAACAAGCUCCUUGCCAAGAAAUAUUCCUAGAGUUACAUCAAGCCCAACAAGCUCUUUGGCAAGAAAUGUUCCCAGGGUUGCAUCAAGCCCAACAAGCUCUCUGACAAGAAAUGUUCCCAGGGUUGCAUCAAGCCCAACUAGCUCUUUGACAAGAAAUGCUCCCGAGGCAGCAUCAAGUCCAUCAAGUUCAUUGACAAGGAGUAUACCCAAGGUGACACCCAGUUCAGUAAAUUCAAGGAUUGCACCAAAAUUGAUAUCGAGUCCAACAAGUUCCUUAUCAAGACCUGUCGCCAGGGUAACUUUAGAUCCGACAGGAAAUGUUGUGUACUCAUCUAAUUCACUAGAACGAGCAGGUAAUUCAAAUGCAAACAAAAAUAAUCAUGAACAAAGAGCUUAUGCUACAUUACCAAUGUAUCAAGCGCAUAAUGCAGGAAGUAAACCACCAACGGAAGAAAUGAAUAAAUACAGUAUUUCCAAAGCAGAUGCAGUGAAUUUUAAUAGAACAAAUCCUAGUAGAGUAUCAACACAAGAAAGAACUGAUGCUAACUCUUCUAGGCACAUUUCACCAGUGCUUCAGCAAGGUAAUCCUACUCAGUCUUUUUCUUCAUUUAAAUAUGGUGCUUCCAAUCGAGAUUUCAAUUUCCGACCAUCUAGAGGAGGUCGGUUUUGUAGGUCAUAUUUUCCAUCUCAUCUCAUUUCAUCACCAACUCCACAGACACAAGGAAUCAAUCAAAAUACUUUCACAAAUAUUAGUUCUGUAGAUUCUCUUAACAGCCCUUCAAGAGAUUCUUUACAUUCUGCUGGCCAGAAUCAGUUUAAUGCAAAUUCACAAAAUUUUGUUGUUCAGAAAGAAUUGUCCUCUAGUACUGCCAUUUCACCCAACCCAGUGCCAAAAUGCCAGAACGAUUCAUUUUCAACUCCAAAUCGUGGUUCAGCCAACACAGAAAUAUGGCCAGGAAGGAUUCAUUCACCAUCAAAUCAGCAUAGUUUUUCAACGUCAAAAAUCAGACCGCCAUCAACACAGUCAUCAACAUUUAGUUAUCCUAAAAAUAGUGGCAGUACUUCAACAUUUGUAUCUUUAAGCCCUCCAGAUGUCAUACCUUCUAGUGAAUCACCUCCCUCUACAUUGGACAUUACAUUACCAGCUAACACGCAGAAAAUGUUUCCUCAUUUAAGAUCACAAGAUAGUCAUAAUGUCAGGAAACCUUCAACUCAAUCAAUUCUACUUGGAACUGAACAAAAAAAUUUAAAAUCCAUGUCUGCCAAUGAACUUUUUGCAAUAAUACACAAUUCAAAAAAGAAACAUAACAUUAAGACUGAAUCGGACAUAUCUCUAUCACCUUUAUCUUCAAGGUCUGUCUCCCCAGCACUCAGUCAAAGUUCUGUGUCAAAACUACAGCCAGUAGAAACAGGAGUAUUAUUUAAACGCAAUGAGAACUGUCCCAGUCCCUCAGAUAGGACUAAAUGGUGCAAUAGCAUGCCAUCUACUCCAGGGAAGAAAUGGAUGCCAGUUGAAAAACUUGGACCAACAAAACCCACUAGUAUGCAUGACUUUAAAAUGCUCCUUCUUCAAGCCAGAACAGGCAGUCAGGAAACCAACCCGCGGCCAUCUGCUGCAGAGUUGUUAAAGGUGUCCCCGUCCAAAAGUUCGCCUAAUUUCCGCAGUGGUGGCUCAAAAUUACCUGUGCCUUCCUCAUCAUUGAAGUCUACCGUUCCUCACUUCAGUUCAAACAUAAACUAUUCACCUGGUCAUGGCACUGUUCCUAUGAAGAGGAAUAUGAGGACUAGGUCUCCUUACCUAUCCCGUUAUGAUUCUGCAUAUCCACCAAUAAUGGAGGACUGCUUAGAAGAAUUGGAAUCGUACGAAGAAAACAAGUGCCUUGUAGCUAACUCUCAGUCAAAUAGAACUCAAAUAUUUAAGAAUUCUGACUCAUUAUCAAGGUCUUCCACACCAGCAGCAAAAGCCACUAGUACCUGGGUUUAAUUUACUGAGCUGUUGUUUUAUAAUUUAUCUCAUGCAUUAAAAAUAUGUUCGGAAACAAACUGUAUAAAUUUAUUGUUAGAAUAAAUCUGUAAAAGACAUCUGUGAAAUCUGUAAAAGACCUGUUUUGAUUAAAGAUGGUAAUGUAUAAUUAAAGAUGGUAAUUUAACUAAAAAAUCAGCUUUUGCAUGUUAAAACAUUCUACUAAAAUAGUCCAUAAAUUUUUUUUUUUUUUUUUUUUUUUUUUUUUUUCAAAUGAGUUAUCAUUCUGAUUUUCCCAUUUGUUGUUACUAUACAUGCAACUCCUUUCUUUUUGUUGCUGCUUGUGCAUCCUUUCCAAACUAUAUUAAUAAAAAUCAGCCUGUAGCCCCUAGGCAUGGUUCUGCAAAGUUCACUUUGGCUGUAUUAAUGGGAGAAAUACAGGAUUAGGAGAACUGAAAGAUAAUUUUAAGGGCCUUGGUCAGUCUUGCCUACAUGUCCUUAUGUAUUCUAGUCUACAUGCAAUCACAUUCAGAGGCCCAUUUCAGUGCAAUUUAGGAAAAAAUUUUUCCAUCCAUAAAAUAUGCCCAUUUCAAAUUGUAUGAAUCUUCUUUUCAAUUUUAAUCUCAUUGAUGUUUACAUUUUCACAAUGUGGUAAAAAUGUAAGGAAGUGUAGUGAUAAAAUUUGAUAUACAUUAUCCAUCUUUAAUCAUAACUUUGUUAUUAUACAAGGACUGGGAAAUAAAACUGAAGCUUAUUACUGUGUGUAAAAUAAAACUAUUAAUCUACCAGAUUAAUUACCUAUUAAACAGAUUAAUUACCUCUGUUUAAUAGGUAUUAAAAUCAGAUUAAUUACCUAUCAAACAGAGGAAAAAGCAGAUUUCUUUUACGAAUAGAAAAGGACUUUUUUAUUCCAUGGUAGCUUGCAAUAUUUAAGAUAGUGUUUUCCAAAAUGGCAGCAAGUCUAAGAAUUAUGCAGAUCUUAUUUUGCAAUAUAUAAAACUUGUAGUUAUAUUCUUGGUGUCUUGAAUAAAUCAAAAAUCAAUUAGUGAGUGUUUCAAAAGCCUAAUGUCAUAUUAAAUAAAAUGGCAGACUGAAUGUGCAUAGUUCUGAAAUGCUUCAAGAUUGUAAACACACAUUUUAAUUAAGAAUUAUUAUAUUAAUAAUUGAUUUCAAGAAUGUAAACACAUAUUUUUAAUACUGAAGAAAAGAUCUUUAAAAAAAUUGGCUGUAAUCCAAAAUACACUCCUCAAAGAGUACUUUUUGAGUACUCUAAGUUAAAAAAUAUUAACAUAAUUUUAAAAAAUUUUAAAUAUUAAAAAAUUUAAAAACUACAAUCUAAUCUUCAUAUUCUUUAAUGUCUGAAAUAUUUUAAAAUUAAAUGGUUACAAAUAACCAACUAAUUUAAGAAUUAUGAGGUCAAGAGAUCAAGAUUAUAUACCUUAAGAUCAUCUCUAAAACAGGCUAUUCAGAAAAUAAUAGCAUCUAAUUUUAACGAAUGUAAAAUAUUAAAAAAAAUUUUUGCAUUUGUUUUUUCAAGCUUCAGUUUCAUUCUAAUGAAAAUGCAUAAUGUGUAUGCCAAACAAAUUUUGUUCUAAUUCUAAAAAUUUCUUCUGGUCACCAUUAAUAUUUUAUAGUGAUGAUAAAUUAUUAUACAUUUGCUUUUAAAGUCUAAUUUAGGAAUGAACCAUGUCAAAUUGUCAUGAAAUAUUACUAUAUUAAAUUUUCAAAACUUAAAAAGGAUGGGGCUUACAUUUAAAGCUAUUUUUUAUUAUUUUUUCCAGUUUUUUAAAUCUUACCUGCAAUUAAAAUUUGAAGUAAUAUGGUAAU